AUGCCAAACGAUCCAAGGAGACAGCUCAGUGUACCAGUUCAACCCACCUAUCGACCCACUUCACCUUCACCUAAGACUGCACCGCCAGUCACAGUCACAAAUCAGCAGCGGAGACCAUCUUCCAUCGAUGGUAAUACCACCGCAUCAAGCUUUCAACCUAGGUUCUUACCGCCGGUGAGGAAGAGGAGUUUACCCCUGGCUUCGAGGAGUGCUCAUCCACUGCAAGUAGAGAUUGAUCGGCUAACAGCUGUGUGUGAAGAACAUGAAAGAGUGAUUAGAUCAAGUCUGUCAACGAUCAAACAUCAUGUGAUGACCAACAUGCCAGACGUAUUCGAAAGAGUGAACAAGAUAGAUGACGAUGCGGAGGCAAUAACAGCAUCAUUACAACAAACAUUAUCUGCACAUAUUCCACCAUUCCAACAGCAUCUACAUAAGAUCGUAUCGGACAGAUCGACAGAUGUCGAAUUGAUGAAACAACGUACAACACCUUGGAACGAUGUAGUUUCUUCUGAUCAUACAUCUCUAUCCAGUCUCUCGAAAGGUAUCAAUGGGAGUGGGAAUGAACACGGUAUGAUGAGACUACAGAGGAUAAGUGAGCUGGAUGGAGAGGGGGGAGAUGCGUUGACAAGGAUUGAAAUGUGGGCGGAUGAAGUGGACAUGUACCUUUCCUCUGAAAUAGUCCGGGUUAAAGAGAAAUUAGCAACCAAGACAAGUAAACGGCAAUUCCUAAAAAGACUGGUUAUCUGUCUCCUGGCUGCGAAAGGAUACGAUCAUUUCUCGAAUCUAACGUGA